AUGAAAUUAUCUGAUUUAUUCUUAGUCUUUUGGAUUGAAACUGUAUUGGGCCUUUCCCUACAUUUUCAUAAAGAAGAAGGAGUCAAAUUAUUGGAAAAGAGGGCUUCCAAAACGACGACACUUGUGAAAGAAGUAUGGACUACGACAACAGGAACUAAACAUACUAUCAUUACUCCAUUUGCACUUGAUGGUGUAACAGUCUCAGCAUCACCAAUUGAUGCUGAAACAACGCCAUGGGUAUCUCUCGAUAGCUCGGGUGUUCCUUAUGAAGUUACGCCCACUGUAAAAGACGCGAAGACUCUUAGUUCUUCACCAACCCCAACAAAUACUAAUUUUCCAACUCCAUUAGCGGCUCCUCCCGUAUUACGUUGUAUGGGAGAUAGAGUAACAGAUGGAAAUCCAUUCUGUAUAGGCGAAGGUGCUGAAUUUGUUGUUAAUGAAACAUACUGGAUAACUUGGGAUCCUCUUUAUUUCAACCCUGAUAACGAUUCUAACGGAAUCAGUAAAGUCAAAAUUAAAGUUCGGUCUUUUCCUAAUAAUGAAAGUAUCAGCCCAAUUGAAACUUCAGAUUGGGUAGAAAAUAAAGAUGGCUUCUAUCCUUGGACUAUAGAAUCUUCUGAUAUUGAUUCAGAUAUGGAUGGUUAUGCACAAAUAUAUCUUUCUCCAUUUAGAACUUCCGAUACAGAUUCUGAAGAGGAAGACACGGCUAUUGGACCGGUGGUGAGACUUAUUGCCUCAAAGAGUGAUGCUUAUACCAAAAUAUCAAGAGUUCCUUCCGAUAAUAAUGACGAUGAUAGUAGUGAUAACAAAAAUGAUAAAGGAAGUAGUAAUAAAGCUAAGAUUAUUGUUCCUGCAGUUGUUGUUCCUGUUGUGGUGAUAUUUUUAAUAGCUGGUGCCGUAUUUUACUAUCUUUUAAAGAAGAGAAAAAACGCUGUUAAAAAAUCAUCUAAUUCAAUUAAAUUAGGCGUCUUGUGUAAAAAUAAGGGUUAUGUAGGAUCUAGGAGUCAAAGAAUGGGGGAAUCAGAGUUGGCAGAAACCAAAUCUCAAGACUCAAGUUAUUCUAACAAUGUUGACGGUAAAUCAGAACAAAAUCCUUUCAAAGGAUGA